CACACACACAAAAACACUACCACCAACAACAACAACCAAAGCAGCACCUAUUCUCGAAAAACUAGUUUUGAAUGCAUAUUUUCUGAAUCUCUUUUCUAGUAUUAAUUACUGUUCUAGAAUCCCCAAAUAAAAGACUUGGCUUAUUUUGUAAAAUUAAUUGAAGAAGCUUCAUCUAUAAAAAGAGUAUUUAUGAUGGCGAGGACAUGGGGCACAACAGAGGAACCUACUAUAAUAUAAACAAAAAGCAGCCACUCUGAGCACGUCAAUGAUGUUCCCAGACACAGAGUCAUGUAGUCUAGACACAUGGGCAGUAAUGACCACAAUAUUUAAAGUUCAGACCCAGCCCGAGGUGAUGCUGAAGGAUGAAGCUGUGAAAAUAAAUAACCUGGAUUUAUUAAUUCUUUCUAAUUAUCAGUGUAACUGCUGUAAUGACCUCACACUACAAGAUUCAGAGGACAAAGCAUAGAAACUUUUGAUGUGUUUUCUACAAAUUAAAUUUCUGAUGAACAUGGUUGACCUUAUACUAUAUGUAAAAAUGUUUUUCUAUGUAUUUUAUUCUCUUUCCUUAAAGCUAAAAUGUGUGACAAUUAUAGUAAGCAGUCAGCUUGUCUGAUGAGAGAAUGGAAAGAAGAGUUGCAUGCAAAUUUGUGUGAAUGGCAUCAUGAGUGGUCAUGGUUUUAGCUCUACUUCCCUCAUUACUAAUUAUCCUAUUCUUUUCUUUCAAAUGAUACAUUUGUGUGUUGCAUCCAUGCUACCUCACCCCUUCACACUUUGAUGUCCCAUUCUAUUCUUCCUCUCUUUCUGCUUCUUCUGGAAUUCAAAUACCAAUUUAAAAAUAUAGACUGCUCAGAGAAGUGAAUAAAAUAUAGCAUGCUAUCUAGACAAUAUUCAUGCACAAUGAGGAUUUCAAGGACAGAUGUUUGUGGGUCACUGAGCCCACAUCUCUACAGUCGAUCUCAAAUAACACUCAUUUAUUCUAGAGGAACUUCUGCAUUCUCACAUUGCUCACUGGUGGUCACCCGAUGGAGAGAGACUUGCCUUCCUGAUGAUAAAUGACUCCUUGGUGCCUAACAUGGUUAUACCUCGGUUUACUGGAGCACUGUACCCCAAAGCAAAGCAGUACCCAUACCCCAAGGCAGGUCAAGCGAAUCCAUCAGUGAAGUUAUAUGUUGUAAACCUGUAUGGACCAACUCAUACUUUGGAGCUGAUGCCACCCGACAUUUUUAAAUCAAGAGAAUAUUACAUCACCAUGGUUAAAUGGGUGAGCAACACCAGGACAGUGGUCAGGUGGUUGAAUCGUCCUCAGAACAUCUCCAUCCUCACAGUCUGUGAGUCUACCACCGGGGCAUGCAGUAGGAAAUACGAGAUGACAUCUGACACCUGGAUCUCUAAACAGAAUGAGGAGCCAGUGUUUUCUAGAGAUGGAAGCAAGUUCUUCAUGACUGUUCCUGUCAAGCAAGGUGGAAGAGGAGAAUUCCACCACAUAGCUAUGUUCCUGGUCCAGAGUAAAAGCGAGCAAAUUACGGUGCGACAUCUGACAUCAGGAAACUGGGAAGUGAUAAGGAUCUUGGCCUAUGAUGAAACAACUCAAAAAAUCUACUUUCUGAGCACAGAAUUUUCUCCCCGAGGGAGACAGCUAUACAGUGCUUCUACUGAAGGACUAUUGAGUCGUGAUUGCAUCUCAUGCAACUUUAGGAAAGAAGAUUGCACGUAUUUUGAUGCCAGCUUUAGUCCCAUGAAUCAACAUUUCUUGUUAUUCUGUGAAGGUCCAAAGGUCCCAAUGGUAAGCCUUCACAGUACAGACAACCCAUCAAAUUAUUACAUCUUGGAAAGAAAUUCUAUGAUGAAAGAAACUAUUCAGAAGAAGAAGCUCGCAAAGAGAGAGAUUAGAAUACUUCACAUUGAUGACUACGAACUUCCUUUACAGUUGUCCUUUCCUAAAGACUUUUUGGAGAAAAACCAGUAUGCUCUUCUACUAAUAAUAGAUGAAGAACCAGGAGGCCAGAUGGUGACAGAAAAGUUUCAUGUUGACUGGGAUUCAGUUCUUAUUGACACCGAUAAUGUCAUUGUAGCAAGAUUUGAUGGCAGAGGAAGUGGAUUCCAGGGCCUCAAAGUUUUGCAGGAGAUUCACAGAAGGACAGGCUCAGUAGAGGCAAAGGACCAAAUAGCAGCUAUAAAAUAUUUACUGAAACAGCCAUAUAUUGACUCCAAAAGAUUAAGCAUUUUUGGAAAGGGAUAUGGGGGCUACAUUGCAUCAAUGAUCCUAAAAUCAGAUGAGAAGUUUUUCAAAUGUGGAACCGUGGUUGCACCCAUCUCAGACAUGAAGUUGUAUGCCUCAGCUUUCUCUGAGAGGUACCUUGGUAUGCCAUCAAAGGAAGAAAGCACUUACCAGGCAUCCAGUGUACUGCAUAACAUUCAUGGUUUAAAAGAAGAAAAUUUAUUAAUAAUUCACGGAACUGCUGAUACAAAAGUUCAUUUCCAGCAUUCAGCAGAAUUGAUCAAGCAUCUGAUAAAAGCUGGAGUGAAUUACACUCUUCAGGUCUAUCCAGAUGAAGGAUAUCACAUUUCAGACAAGAGCAAGCAUCAUUUUUACAGCACAAUUCUCAGAUUCUUCAGUGAUUGCCUAAAGGAAGAAGUAUCCGUGCUGCCACAGGAACCAGAAGAAGAUGAAUAACGGACUACACUUACAUAGAGCUGAAGGGAAUAUUGAGGCUCAAUGAAACCGAACCAAGAGACUGCCUUGUUGUAGACGCUCCAGAAUUCUAAAGGCAGCUUGAGGAGAUGAACAUGGAACAGCACACUCAGACAGUGAACUAGAACUUGAAGACAGACGUCCUCACUACUGUGCUGCCAAGGGUGCAGAAGGUGUUUCAUUGUAAUGGGAAGUUGCAAGGGUUGCUUUCCUGGGGAAAAAAAAAUUAGUUUCACAUUAAAGUAGGAAUAGUGCAUGUUUCCUUCCGUUAUCCCCUUUUGUUCUGUGACUAGUUACCCUCACUUUGAUUUCAAUGGUCAUGAUCACCUUUGCAUAAAGUGCAUAACGUACCAUCAGUACCACAGUCCCUGAUCUUUGAUGGCUGAGCUGCAAUCUAACAUGUUAAUGUAACUUUAUAAUAAGUGCAAUUCUCUCAUUGUCUAUUAUUAUGCUUAAGAAAAUAUUCAGUUAAUAAACAAAAAACAGAGUAUUUUACAUAAAGUUCUGUUUUUAAAAAGGUAUUAUUAAACGAGUAAAGGCUAUGUAGAAAUAUGGAUUUCAGCACCUUCCAAAGUUCAGGCAGUUGUCAGUAGGUAGAAUACUUUUAAAUCAACACACACGAGUGUUUGUCUCACAGUAUAAUAUAAAUAUAUAUAUAUACACGCACGUGUGCAUAUGCAGUGAGUCUAUCUUUAUAUGUUACUCAUGCUACAAAGGGUAAACUUUAAUGAAUGACAGUGGAUACUCUUUUACAGGCUACAAUGGAUGCUUCUUUAAUGAGCCAAAUAUGAUGAGACCCUUUUGUUUCCAGUUCAUAUUCUAGCAAUUGCUUUCCUAUAAAUGUUUGGGUUGUGUUUGGUAUUGUUUCUAGUGGUUAAUAGUUUUCUAGUUGCAGUUUACUUUUUUGAAUAUGAUAUCUUGUCACAUGUAAAUUAGAUAUUAAAUAUUAAAUUAUAGUUUCUGAUAAAGAAAUUUUGUUAAACAAAUGCAAUGCCACUGAGUGGCACUUUGCUCUCUUGGUGGAGAAGGCUUUUUUAAACACUCAGACCUUUUACUUCAAACUCUCAGUGCAGUAAAGUCAAUUCUCAUUUUCAUUAUAAAAGCAAAAAUGAGAAUUAUUUCAUUUUUCUUCAGAGUCUAAGUAGAAGUCCAUGCCUGCUCAAUGCAUCUCUUACUAUUUAGCUAAGCCCUUGUUGUAAAAAUUAAAAAUGAAGUCAUUUUUAUUUAUUGCUCACCCUCCCCCAAACAGCAGUAUGUACCUGGUAUUGCUUUUAAAUGGACAGUAUAUGGGGCACCAAAUUCUACAGUGAGUCAAUUUGGAGCAGGUAGCACCUGAGCAGGAAAACUAAACUUAACUCUACGGAGUUUCAGUCACGAGAGGGCAGGCAGCCUUGGUGGCUGUAAUCCAGUGUGUUUUCAGUCCAUAUAACUAAUAUUACAGAAUAUGAUGCAAAGUCUGAAACCAAAGUCUGAUACUCAGAAAAUCCCAGUGGCAUAAUGUCUAGACACAGCAUAAAAUCUGUUCUUUGGUAGAGCUGGGUUCCUCUAUCCUCUGAAAACCAGGAAGAAAGGUUUAAACGUAAGGAAUUUGUCCAGCUACCCUGGGCUUCAUCAAAUGCACAACCCAGGAUUCUGAGGUGUGCUCCUGGGACUGACUUGGUUCUCCCUCUUUUCUCUUUAGUGCUUUGGAAUUGUGUCUUCUCUGCUCCAUUAGAUUCAGUUUAAUAAGGGAAAGAUGCCCUCUCCAGAAAGACCCAUUUUAGGUCUUUUUCAAGGAUAGUGAACACAUUUUUUAACAAAAUAGGUUGUAAUGUUUCCAAGGAAAGUUUUGCCUAUUUUAUUAAGAUGGAAGUUUCUUUUUAGGCUGAUUUGAAGUCCAACUGAAGCUUUUUAAUCAAUAUUUUAAAAUUCAACCACUAGAGAUUUUUAUGAUGCGAAUAAUUAUGUUGUCUGAAAGAUGUGGUUUUAUUGAAUGUCUAUUUGAGUAACAUUUAAAAAGUGUUUGCCUUUUCCUGUCCAUCGUUUCUCUUGUUUAUGGUUAUUAUCAAUGAUUAUCUAUUUUUUGAUUAAUUUAAUACAGUUUGUAAUGUGAAA